AAAUACAAGCUCUUUUUACACAGUCUUUUAAAGUCCAACUUUUUCCCCUUCUAUGCUUAAUGCUCUCUACUUUAUUACGAAAUUGAGUUCUCUCCCUCUCUAUAUAUAUGUAUGUUGUUGAGUUCCCCAAGGACUUAAGACAACAAUCUGCCUUGUGAAACAAAUUUUCUGGAUUUCGUUUCACACAGUUUCGACAUGGAGAUCAAAGCCUGGAACCUUGUCCUGUUCUCGUGCCUGCUGCUUUCUUUAUUGGCUUCACCCUCAUCUGCCCAGACCUGUGUUAGCCAAACAUUUCCCGACAACAAGCAAUAUAUCAACUGCACCGAUCUUAGAGCCUUGAGCAGUUAUCUCCAUUGGACAUAUCAUCAAUCAAAUGGAACUGUUGAGAUGGCUUUUCGACACACUGGCACCACCUCGUCAAGGUGGUCGGCGUGGGGUAUCAAUCCUAGUGGACCGAGUAUGGUGGGUACCCAGGCUUUGGUUGCCUUUGUCAACUCCAGUGGCGUGACUCAGGCGUUCACAACGUCGAUUGAUAGCCUAUUCCCUACGCUGCAACCCACAGAUUUGAGCUUCCAGGUUCCAAGUCUGUCAGCAACGUUCGAGAAUGACGAGAUGACGAUAUUUGGUGUUUUGAGAAUCCCCGAAAACAUGUUGUCAACCAGUCAGGUUUGGCAGGAAGGUCCUGUGAGUAACGACCAAUUACAGCCUCAUACUACUGAUGGAGCCAACCUUCAAUCCAGGGGAAGUAUCAAUUUCCUUACAGGACAAUCUGCAGGGGCUUCAUCUGAUUCAAGGACAAGAAGAAGAAAUGUUCAUGGAGUAUUGAACACUGUGAGCUGGGGAAUAUUGAUGCCGUUGGGAGCCAUAACAGCUAGGUACAUGAAGGUGUUCAAAUCUGCAGACCCGGCAUGGUUUUAUCUCCACGUUGCUUGCCAAUCAUCGGCCUAUGUUGUUGGUGUGGCAGGGUGGGCGACGGGUAUUAAGCUCGGCAGUGACUCUCCUGGAAUCACGCAUAAUCCCCAUAGGACCAUUGGCAUUAUCCUCUUCUGCUUCGGAACUCUUCAGGUCUUUGCUUUGCUUCUGAGGCCAAACAAGAAUCACAAAUACAGAUUGUAUUGGAACAUCUACCAUCAUUCCAUUGGUUACAGCGUGAUCAUCCUCAGCAUCGUCAACAUUUUCGAGGGUUUCGACAUCCUUAACCCUGAAGACAAAUGGGAGAGAAUUUACAUUGGAAUCCUCAUAUUUCUGGGAGCUAUGGCCACAUUGUUGGAAGCUUUCACUUGGUACGUUGUUAUCAGGAGGAAAAGGACUAACAAGCACCCUCUCGCCAUGAAUGGAGCCAAUGGACAUGGACAGGGCGUGUAGUAAAAUUCAAUUUUGGUCAGUCUUAGUCUAUUGCACCAUGUGUGCUUAGGAUGUUUUAGAUGUGACCCUCAUUUGUUAUUUAUUAGAGCUUUGCUUUUUCGUUGUCCUAGUGAUUGGGUUAUCUUGAGUUAUACACUGUUUGCUUUGGUAUGUAUAGGUGAUUGAUCUCUUAUCUUUUCUGUAUUGACUCCAUUUUUUUUAUAUAUACUAGCGUUCUUUUAAUUCUA